AUGAUUGAGGAACCUGAUUUUAUUGAUUUGAUUAUAAGGGUUUGGAAUGUUAAGGUGAGGGGUAAUCCUAUGUAUGUGUUCAUGACUAAACUCAGAAAAGCUAAAGCUGUUAUUAUAGAUUGGAAGAGAAUUAAAUUUAAGAACCUCUCUGAGCAGGUUAUGGAGGCAAAGAAAGAGAUGACUCUAGUUCAGCAGCAGGUUCAAGCCCAUCCUCUUUGUCCUGUGUUGGCUAGAAAGGAAAAAGAAGCAGUCCAACAGUAUGCUAAGAUUGUUAUAUAUGAGGAGUCUAUGAAUAAGCAAAAGUCUAGAGUUCAGUGGCUUGAUUUGGGUGAUUCCAAUACUCAUUUUUUUCAUAAUUCCCUCAAGGAAAGGAGAUCAAGGAAUAAUAUUCUUACUCUUACUUCUAGGGAUGGUGUGGUCUUGGUGGAUGACAAGGAGAUAGCUUCAGAGUUUAUUGAUGAUACUUCUAAAGAGACUCUUAUUAGGCCUAUUACCAGAGAUGAAAUAGUUCAAGCUCUUGCUUCCAUAGGAUCAGGGAAAGCUCCUGGUCCAGAUGGUUUUUCCAGUCAUUUUUUCAAAUUCUGCUGGGCAAUAAUUGGAGAUGAGUUUGUGGCUGUUGUCAAAAAUGUUUUUAAGAGCUCAAAAUUCCUUAAAGAGGUAAACAACACUUUUGUUACUCUUGUUGCUAAAAAUGAGAAUCCUAGUGGUAUUGUGGACUACAGACCUAUAGCUUGUUGUGGAGCAGUUUACAAAUGCAUUGCCAAGAUUAUCUCUCUCAGAAUGAAGUUGUUAUUGAAGCAUUUAAUCCAUCCCUGCCAAUCUGCUUUUAUGGCAGGUAGAUCUAUUCAAGACAACAUUCUAGUAGCACAUGAGAUUGUUAGAAACUAUCAUAGGACUACUGGUACUCCUAUAUGUACCAUGAAGAUUGAUCUCAGGAAAGCAUAUGACACUGUUAGCUUGAAGGCAGUUCUUAUUACUUUAAAGAAGAUGGGAUUCCCUGCUAUAUUUAUUGGCUGGAUUGAAAUUUGUAUUACUUCACCUAAGUUUUUUAUUCUUAUUAAUGGGUCUCCAUAUGGCUACUUUGGAGCUAGAAGAGGACUGAGACAAGGGUGUCCCCUCUUUCCCUAUCUUUUUGUCAUGGUGAUGGAGCUUCUUAGCAUUAUUCUUCAAAAACAGGUUGAUAAUGUUAGAGAUGAUGAGAUACAGAGUAUACUUCAUAUUAUUCAAUGUCUUGAGGAUAAAUUGCCAGUAAGGUAUUUGGGCCUUCCCCUUCUCUCUACUAGAUUGUCUUACUAUGACUGUCAGAUCUUGAUUGCCAAAAUAAAAGCUAGAGUACGAUCCUGGAAGUCUAAACACUUAGAUUUUUCUGGUAGAUUAACAUUGAUUAAGCAUGUUUUAUAUGGUAUGGUCUUCUUUUGGUUAUCCUGCUUCAUCCUCCCUAAGAGAGCUAUAAAGGAAAUCACUAGUAUAUUUGAAAGGUUUUUAUGGGAUGGCUGUGAAUUAGGAAAGAAGCAUUGUCCUAUUAGAUGGUCCACUGUUUGUUUGCCUUAUAAUAUAUUAGGAGUUAGAGACAUUGAAGUUAAUAACUUAUCUGCUAAUCUAAAACAUUUAUGGGACCUUGUUUCUGGAAAAGACUCCAUUUGGACUGAUUGGGUCAAGAAAAACCUUAUCAAAACAAGAAAUAUUUGGGAAAUUCCUAUUCCUUCUGAUUCUUCUUGGUGUUGGAGAAGAGUUCUAGAUCAGAGACAAAUUGCUAGAGACAUGGUCAUUACAAUUUUGGGUGAUGGAGAAAAUACUAGUUUUUUGCAUGAUAAUUGGCAUUAUAAGGGUAGAUUGUCUUCUUGGAUUGAUCCUUAUAUAAUUUUUGAGUAUUUUCCAAAUGAUGCUUGCAUUGUCUCAGAUUUUGUUAAAAAUGAUGAAUGGUCUUUACCUCCUUCAUCUGAUCCUAGCAUUGCAGCUAUCUUUUUAAAAGUGGCUUCAACUGAUUUCCUUACUUCUGAGAAGGACAAGGUUAUGUGGUCUGUUAGUAGUUCUGGGGGUUUUUCAGUUAAAGAUACUUAUAAUUCCUUAUUUCCUCAUGGUGAGAAAGUGAACUGGAGUACCCUUGUUUGGUUUAAACUUCAUAUACCUAGGUAUUACUUUAUUACUUGGGUGACUUUACAUGGCAGAUUAAAAACUAGAGAUAAGCUUCUUAAAUGGAAUGUUAUUGCUGCUUCUUCUUGUUUAUUCUGUGCUGCUACUGAAGAAAAUGACGGACAUCUGUUCCAUGCUUGUGCUUGUCUUGCUCCUACUGGUUAUGAUGUUAUGAUAAAUACUGAUGGUUCAAUGUCUGGAGAUGGUGAUGGUUUUGGAGCUAUUAUAAGAGAUUCUCUAGGAAACCAUUUGAUAGCAACUACUGGAGGAAGUCACUCUAUCUCUGUUGAGACUCAUGAACUGCAGGGUGUGGAACUGGGUUUAAAAAUUGGGCUUGAGAUUGAAGAAAAAUGUAUCCACCUCUGUACUGAUUCUUUAUCUACUUGCCUGCUUCUUAAAAGUAAUGAUCCUAAACCCCCUGGAAGACUGUCCAGAUUUGGAGAAGAAUUAUAUUGCUGCUGA